GCUGACGUUCCAGCCUUCGAGACCCACUCGGAUUCCUCCUGGUCUGGGAGUCACGCCGAGGAGGAGGGGGACCGCGGUCUGCAGUUGGCCUCGUUAGCUGCCGAGAAGACCCAUCGUCUUUGUUUUUCAAGUCUUGAGAAAUGGACGAAGACGGUGAAGUCAGUUGAAGUCCGGAGAAAUAAAUCAUCGGGGCGUUUUGAAGGGGCUUCAUCAAAACAUUUCAUUCCCUGGCACGUUACUUGUUUCACCAGCCCUGCACCUCCGGGAGCCUGGUGUGGAAUUCUUCCCUUUUUGGUGUGUGGUAGCAUUCCUCCCCCCAAUGUGGACUCCAAAGGGUUGGUCCCUUCUUUGUCAUUUGAAAUGAAAUGAUGGCCACACGUCGGACUGGGCUACCGGAGGGAGAUGGUGACAAGCUCAAGGCCUGUGGGUCCCCCACGUGUGAGGUAUCAAAGAGUAAAGAUGGAAAAGAACAAAGUGAAACUGUAUCACCAUCCGAAGAUGAAACAUUCUCCUGGCCAGGUCCCAAAACAGUUAUGUUGAAAAGAACAUCUCAAGGCUUUGGUUUUACAUUGAGGCAUUUUAUUGUUUAUCCCCCAGAGUCUGCAAUUCAAUUUUCAUAUAAGGAUGAAGAAAAUGGCAACAGAGGAGGAAAACCAAGAAACCGCUUGGAACCAAUGGACACCAUAUUUGUUAAACAGGUUAAAGAAGGGGGACCUGCUUUUGAAGCUGGAUUAUGCACAGGUGAUCGAAUUAUAAAAGUCAAUGGAGAAAGUGUUAUUGGAAAGACCUAUUCCCAAGUAAUUGCUUUAAUUCAGAACAGUGAUACAACAUUGGAACUUAGUGUUAUGCCAAAAGAUGAAGACAUUCUCCAAGUGCUACAGUUUACAAAGGAUGUCACAGCUCUGGCGUAUUCUCAAGAUGCCUACCUGAAAGGCAAUGAAGCCUACAGUGGAAAUGCCCGCAAUAUACCUGAACCCCCACCAAUUUGCUAUCCCUGGCUGCCAUCUGCCCCUUCAGCCAUGGCACAGCCAGUUGAAAUCUCUCCUCCAGAUUCAUCAUCGAGCAAACCACAAACCACUACGCCAGUACUGACGCAGCCUGGCAGGGCCUAUAGAAUGGAAAUACAAGUGCCUCCAUCACCAACAGAUGUUGCAAAGUCCAACACAGCGGUGUGUGUUUGCAAUGAAAGUGUAAGGACUGUCAUUGUACCUUCUGAGAAGGUUGUAGAUUUGUUAACUAAUAGAAACAACCACACAGUUCCUUCACAUAGAACUGAAGAGGUGAGGUAUGGCAUAAAUGAGCAGACCGCUUUGAAAACAGUGUCAAGAACCACAUCGCCACCAUCAUCAGUUCCCACUGCCCAUCUGAUUCAUCAGACGACAGGCUCCAGAUCAUUGGAACCUUCUGGAAUCUUACUUAAAUCCGGCAAUUACAGUGGACAUUCAGAAGGAAUCUCAAGCAGCAGACCUCAAGCUGUGGAUUCUCCUUCUGUCUCUGUUAAUCACUAUUCUCCAAAUUCCCAUCAGCACAUAGACUGGAAAAACUAUAAAACUUACAAAGAGUAUAUUGAUAACAGACGAUUGCACAUAGGCUGUCGGACGAUUCAAGAAAGACUAGAUAGUUUAAGAGCAGCAUCUCAGAGCACAACGGAUUAUAACCAGGUGGUACCAAACCGCACUACUUUGCAGGUACGACGUCGAAGCACCUCUCACGAUCGAGUGCCGCAGUCUGUUCAGAUCCGACAGCGCAGCGUGUCCCAGGAGAGGCUGGAGGAUUCUGUGUUGAUGAAGUAUUGCCCACGAAGUGCGUCUCAAGGAGCGCUGACAUCUCCGUCUGUUAGUUUCAGUAAUCACAGAACUCGUUCAUGGGAUUAUAUCGAGGGACAGGGCGAAACCUUAGAAAACGUCAGUUCUGAAGGUCAAAUACCCGAUUCAAAUGGAGAGCGAAAACAGACUUAUAAGUGGAGUGGAUUUACCGAACAGGAUGAUAGACGAGGUAUUCAUGAAAGACCUCGACAGCAAGAAAUUCAUAAGUCUUUUCGAGGUUCAAAUUUUACCGUGGCCCCGAGCAUCGUUAAUUCUGAUAACAGGCGAAUGACUGGCAGAGGAGUGGGGUCUGUGUCUCAGUUUAAAAAAGUGCCACCAGAUCUGAAAACACUGCAGUCCAACAGAAAUUUUCAGACUACCUGUGGAAUGUCAUUGUCUCGAGGUAUUACACAAGACAGGUCACCUCUUGUGAAAGUCCGAAGUAAUUCUCUGAAAGCGCCUUCUACGCACGUCACAAAACCAUCGUUUAGCCAGAACUCACUUGUCUCUGUCAAAGACCAAAGACCAGUAAAUCACUUGCAUCAAAACAGUCUAUUGAAUCAGCAGCCGUGGCUGAGAACCGAAAGUGCCCCGGAUCACCAAGUGGAGACGGGGAAACCCCCCUCUUUACCUGGAGCUUCCGUUAAGCCUAUCCCUCAGAUGAGUGAGAACUACGGCGCUUCGGAUUUAGAAUUACUUGCCCCUCAAAGAAAUCAAGAUUUAACUCUGCAAGAGGCUGAAAUGCAGGAAUCGAAUACCUUAGAUAAUAAAGAAACUGUCAUCCUAAGAGAAAAACCUCCAUCUGGCCGCCAAACACCACAGCCUUUAAGGCAUCAGUCUUACAUCUUGGCAGUAAAUGACCAGGAGGCCGGGUCAGACACCACCUGCUGGCUGCCUAAUGAUGCGCGCCGAGAGGUCCAUAUAAAAAGAAUGGAGGAAAGGAAGGCCUCAAGUACCAGCCCACCUGGGGAUUCCUUGGCAUCAAUCCCGUUUAUAGAUGAACCAACGAGCCCCAGCAUUGAUCAUGACCUUGCACACAUCCCUGCUUCGGCUGUCAUCUCAGCCUCCACUCCCCAGGCACCCCAGGCGCCCCAGGCACCCUCCAUAGCAACGGUCCCACCCAGUCUCACCACGUCGGCUCCUUUAAUUCGCCGCCAGCUCUCCCAUGAUCAGGAAUCUGUCGGCCCUCCCAGCCUAGAUGCCCAGCCCAGCUCAAAGACCGAAAGAUCAAAAUCCUAUGAUGAGGGCCUGGAUGAUUACAGAGAAGAUGCAAAAUUGUCCUUUAAGCACGUUUCUAGCCUGAAGGGAAUCAAGAUCAUAGACAGCCAGAAGUCAUCAGAAGACUCUGGGUCCAGGAAAGAUUCUUCCUCAGAGGUUUUCAGUGAUGCUGCAAAGGAAGGAUGGCUCCAUUUCCGACCACUUGUCACCGAUAAGGGCAAGCGAGUUGGUGGAAGUAUUCGGCCGUGGAAACAGAUGUAUGUUGUGCUUCGGGGCCAUUCGCUGUACUUGUACAAAGAUAAAAGGGAACAGAUGACUCCGUCUGAAGAAGAACAGCCCAUCAGCGUCAAUGCUUGCUUAAUAGACAUCUCGUACAGCGAGACCAAGAGGAAAAAUGUGUUUCGACUCACCACAUCAGACUGCGAGUGCCUUUUCCAGGCCGAGGACAGAGACGACAUGCUAGCGUGGAUCAAGACCAUCCAGGAGAGCAGCAACCUCAAUGAGGAGGACACUGGAGUGACUAACAGGGAUCUAAUUAGUCGAAGAAUAAAAGAAUAUAACAGUCUGAUGAGCAAAGCAGAACAGUUGCCAAAAACACCUCGCCAGAGUCUCAGCAUCCGGCAGACUCUGCUUGGUGCUAAAUCAGAGCCAAAGACUCAAAGUCCACACUCUCCCAAGGAAGAGUCAGAAAGGAAACUUCUCAGUAAAGAUGAUACCAGUCCCCCAAAAGACAAAGGCACGUGGAGAAAAGGCAUUCCAAGUAUUAUGAGAAAGACGUUUGAAAAAAAGCCUACUGCUACAGGAACGUUCGGUGUCAGACUAGACGACUGCCCACCCGCACACACCAAUCGGUAUAUUCCAUUAAUAGUUGACAUAUGUUGCAAAUUAGUUGAAGAAAGAGGUCUUGAAUAUACAGGUAUUUACAGAGUUCCUGGAAAUAAUGCAGCCAUCUCAAGUAUGCAGGAGGAGCUCAACAAGGGAAUGGCGGAUAUUGAUAUACAAGACGAUAAAUGGCGAGAUUUGAAUGUGAUAAGCAGUCUACUAAAAUCAUUCUUCAGAAAACUCCCUGAGCCUCUCUUCACGAAUGAUAAAUAUGCCGACUUCAUUGAGGCCAACCGUAAAGAAGAUCCUCUAGACCGUCUGAAAACAUUAAAAAGACUAAUCCACGACUUGCCCGAACAUCAUUACGAAACUCUUAAGUUCCUUUCUGCUCAUCUGAAGACAGUGGCAGAAAAUUCAGAAAAAAAUAAGAUGGAACCCAGAAACCUAGCAAUAGUGUUUGGCCCAACUCUUGUGAGAACAUCUGAAGAUAACAUGACCCACAUGGUCACUCACAUGCCAGACCAGUACAAGAUCGUAGAAACGCUUAUCCAGCACCAUGACUGGUUUUUCACAGAAGAAGGUGCUGAAGAGCCUCUUACAACAGUGCAGGAGGAAAACACAGUAGAGUCCCAGCCAGUGCCAAACAUAGAUCAUUUACUCACCAACAUUGGAAGGACAGGAGUCUCCCCUGGAGAUGUAUCAGAUUCAGCUACUAGUGACUCAACAAAAUCUAAGGGCUCGUGGGGAUCUGGAAGAGACCAGUACAGCAGGGAACUGCUCGUGUCCUCCAUAUUCGCGGCCGCUAGUCGCAAGAGGAAAAAGCCCAAAGAAAAGGCGCAGCCCAGCAGCUCAGAAGACGAACUGGACAGUGUGUUUUUUAAGAAAGAGAGCACAGAACAGUGUCACAAUGACCUUAAAGAGGAGUCCAAAAAAGAGAGUGAGGCAUUGUGCAGAAAGCAAAGGCUCGUCCUUUCCAAAGAAAACAGCGCCAAGAAGGACAACGGUGCCCCAAAAGAUGAAAAGACGCCCCCGCGGCAGGAGAGCGCGCCGUCGGAAGAACCCUCACCUCCGCACAGCUCGAGGCACAGCAAGUCUCCGACGCUGAGCGGCCGCUUCCCCUUGCUGAGAGACAGCUCCAGAUCCCCGGCCGCGCACAAGUCGUCCCCCCACUUGGAAGAGCCGGGGUCCGACUCUGGCCCUCUGCCCAGCACUUCCUCGCAGGCUUCUCCGGCCAGGCCUCCCACCAAGACGUCCACCAGCCCGGAAAGCAAACGCGGCGAGGUUCUGGCCACCGUAGGCACCGCCACCUCCGACUGUUCCGCCGCGCCACCCACCGCGUACCCGGCCAGCCUGGACUGCAGCCGGCUGAGCCCCGACGUGCGCUCCGUGGCCGAGAGCAAGGGGGACGAGGCGGACGACGAGCGCAGCGAGCUCAUCAGCGAGGGGCGGCCGGUCGAGACGGACAGCGAGAGUGACUUCCCCGUGUUCCCCGCGGCCCUGGCCCCUGACAGGCUCUUCCGGGGAAAGCUGCAGGAGGCCGGGAAGGCGAGCCGGAGGAACUCGGAAGGCAGCGAGGUCAGUUGCACGGAGGGAAGUCUGACACCGAGCCUGGACAGCCGAAGGCAGCUCUUCAGCUCCCACAAGCUGAUCGAGUGCGACACCCUGUCCAGGAAGAAAUCGGCGCGGUUCAAGUCCGACAGCGGCAGCCUCGGGGAUGCCAAGAGCGACCGAGAAGCCCCUGCCAUAACCCGGGUGUUUGACGUCAUGAAGAAAGGAAAGUCGACGGGCAGUUUACUGACACCGACCCGAAAUGAAUCCGAAAAACAGGAGCCCACUUGGAAGACCAAGAUAGCAGAUCGGUUAAAACUGAGACCCCGGGCGCCGGCCGACGACAUGUUCGGAGUAGGAACCCAAAAAGCGAGCGCCGAGGCGGCCAAGAGGAAAAACAUCAAACGGCGGCACACGCUAGGAGGGCACAGAGAUGCCGCCGAGAUCAGUGUUUUGAAUUUUUGGAAGGCGCACGAGCAGGGUGCGGAGAGGGAAUCCGAACUUUCAGCUGUGAAUCGGUUAAAGCCCAAGUGCUCAGCCCAGGACCUCUCCAUCUCAGACUGGCUGGCCAGGGAGCGCCUGCGCACCAGCGCCUCCGACCUCAGCAGAGGGGAGACCGGGGGCCCCCAGCCCGAGAGCUCGCACGCCUUGGAAGGAGCCACGGCCCACGCACCUUUGUCCUCCCAGGCCAACGCGGGCGGCUCUCCCGGUACCUUGGCUUCAACCAACAGGCCCCUUCUUUCCAGCCCACCCCAGUCACCUGACCAAAUAAAUGGAGAAAGCUUCCAGAACAUGAGCCAACACGCUAGUUCUGCAGCAUAUAAUGCCCAGCCUCCUCGACUGUCUGAAACCCCGGGCGAUAAAGCACAGUUGCAUCCCUGUCUUUAAACUGGGGUAUGUCCUCCAUAGCAAAUAAAAAAAAGCUACUGUUACACGUUCCAGUAACUCUGUAAAUAUUUUCUUGUACCAGAAUUGUUAUUAUGCAGCCUUCAUUUGGGCUGGUUUCAUCAUUUUGCACUGUGGAAUAGCUUUACAGUGCAUUACUACAGCCAGAAGAACAUAUAUAUAUAUAUAUAUAUAUAUAUAUAUAUAUAUAUAUAUAUAGGAUAGUUGUAUACAAAUGAGCAAGGUAUUUGUUGCAACUUACUACAUAGUGUAUACCCAAGAUUACUGAAGAAAAUAGCUGGCAUUAUUAGUAUGCAGCAAAUUUGUUCUUUUGGUUUCAUCACUAACAAAAGUGCCUCAUCAUAAAAAUCCAUUUGGUUAUUAGGGUGCCAUAUUGUUAAAAUUAGAUAACUUACAUUGAAUAAAUGAACGCAUUUUAUUGGUAACAAAGUUCAUUACAUUUACCAGUUUUAACACAGGUGGAUACGGAACUUCCAUUCUUUAGUCAUUCCAGGUGGAUCUCUGAGUUUUAUAUUCAAACUUUUAAUACAGUUUUUGAGUUUUGUGUGACUUGAAUUUUUAAUCUUUCUGUAAAAUACGUAACUUAAAUGAACAUAUUAUAUGUGUAUCUUUUCUUCAGAUACCAGAUUUGAUAUAAAUGUUGUAACAUAGGUGUGUAGAUAGUGACCUGGACGGAACUGGCUUCUUUAUCGAGAAGAAUAUAAUUCUGCAUGAGGACUUAAUGAAUCCAAACCUGUGUCAUGCCUGUGUGCAUACCCAAUUAAACACUGGAAAUAAAAAUUGUUUUGGUGAA